AUGAAUCUUCGCGGUGGACUGACGAUACUUCUUUUCGUUCUCGCGGAUCUCGACUGCGCGAUCCUGAGGAUCGUGCGGGAAAAUCAUUCGCCCUGCGGAUGUCCAGCAGCGUCGCUCAGACAACCACGGGCCAUUCGAUUGGAAAGAAACGUCACUUCCUCCGCUGUGGACGAGCGAAAGAACAUUGGAAUAACAACAGGACGUAUCUUCAACGGGAAACCGAGCAAACGGGGCUCUUGGCCCUGGCAGGUGUCUCUUCAACUUCUCCAUCCAAAGCUGGGAUUUAUUGGCCAUUGGUGCGGUGGCGUUCUCAUUGAACCCACAUGGGUCGUCACGGCUGCCCAUUGUAUUCAUAACGAGCUUUUCAAUUUACCAAUUGGUGCACUAUGGACGGUAGUCGUCGGAGAAUGGGAAUUGGACUCCGGCGGACGUGGCUCGGCGAGGCUACCUGUUGAACGAGUGAUCCUCCACGAGAGAUUCAAUAAUUACAUGCACGACAUUGCUCUGAUGAAACUGGCUAGGCCAGCUCCAUUAUCCAAGGUGGUGCGAACGAUCUGUUUACCGGAACCGGAAGAGGAGCUUGGAAAAGGGCAGUGCGUGACUUCUGGUUGGGGUCGAUACGGACCCUCUCAAUCACUAUCCACCGCUCUUUUAGAAGCCUCAGUGCCAUUACUCGAUCUCGAAAAAUGUACGAAAGCUUAUGGGAAAUCGGUGCCAAUUCGUAGCGGCCAUCUUUGCGCUGGUCACACAGACGGUUCAUCGGGAAGUUGUGUGGGUGAUUCUGGUGGACCACUGCAAUGUCGCCGUCCAGAUGGAGUAUGGCAACUGGCUGGAGUCACUUCUUUUGGAUCAGGAUGUGCCAGGCCAGGAUAUCCUGACGUUUAUACUAGGAUACAGUAUUAUGUGAAGUGGAUAAGAAAUAUUAUGAACAAUGACGAUGAUACGCUAUAUUUAUAA